UUUGGAUUUCAGGAUCACAAUUGUCUGAGUAGGAAGAGAGAAUGGAUCUGGUUGUGGUUCUGGGGCUCUGUCUCUCCUGUUUGCUUCUCCUUUUACUCUGGAAAGAGAGCUCCAGGAAAGGGAAGCUCCCACCUGGCCCCACUCCUCUCCCUAUUAUUGGAAAUAUCCUACAGUUAGAUGUUAAGAACAUCAGCAAAUCCUUAAGUAAUCUUUCAAAAGUCUAUGGCCCUGUGUUUACUCUGUAUUUUGGCAUGAAGCCCACUGUGGUGCUGCAUGGAUAUGAAGCAGUGAAGGAAGCCCUGAUUGAUCUGGGGGAGGAGUUUUCCGGGAGAGGCCGUUUCCCAGUGACUGAAAGAGUUAAUAAAGGACAUGGAAUCAUUUCCAGCAAUGGAAAGAGGUGGAAAGAGAUCCGGCGCUUCUCCCUCAUGACUCUGCGAAAUUUCGGGAUGGGGAAGAGGAGUAUUGAGGACCGAGUUCAAGAGGAAGCCCGUUGCCUUGUGGAGGAGUUGAGAAAAACCAAUGCUUCACCCUGUGACCCCACUUUUAUCCUGGGCUGUGCUCCCUGCAAUGUGAUCUGCUCCAUCAUAUUCCAGAAUCGUUUUGAUUAUAAAGAUCAGAAUUUUCUAAACAUAAUGAGAGUCUUUGAUGAAAAUUUCAAGAUUCUGAGCUCUCCAUGGAUGCAGAUCUGCAAUGCUUUUCCUGCUCUCCUUGAGUAUUUCCCAGGGAGUACUGACAAAUUAUUUAAAAAUGUUGCUUAUAUAAGAAGUUAUAUUUUGGAGAAAGUAAAGGAACACCAGGCAUCUCUGGACAUUAACAAUCCUCGGGACUUUAUUGAUUGUUUCCUGAUUAAAAUGGAGCAGGAAAAGCAAAAUCAACAGUCGGAGUUUACUUUUGAAAACUUAAAAAUCACUGUAUCUGAUUUGUUUGGAGCUGGGACAGAGACAACGAGCACCACCCUGAGAUAUGGACUUCUCCUCCUGCUGAAGCACCCAGAGGUCAUAGCUAAAGUCCAGGAAGAGAUUGAUCGUGUGAUUGGCAGACACCGGAGCCCGUGCAUGCAGGACAGGAGCCACAUGCCCUAUACAGAUGCUGUGGUGCAUGAGAUCCAGAGAUACAUUGACCUCCUCCCUACCAAUGUGCCCCAUGCAGUGACUCGUGACGUUAAAUUCAGAAACUACUUUAUCCCUAAGGUAAAAGGGAAAUAAUGGAGUAGAUAUGAGAAUGAGAUUGCCUAUCUUUUCCAUCCAUUACAUCAGAUUUGGAAAUGAGCAUUCCAUCCUGUAUAGGGCAUCCCAGUAGAAAAAUAUGCAACAUUGCGUGGCUGAUUCUACCUUCUUAUGAAUCAGAUAAGUGAUUUCUUCUAUCGUAGGCUGGGACCAUUGAGCUAGGUGGAAAUAAUGGUCUAAAACAAGUUUUGAUAAACCUUUUAUAUAAAGAGCCAGAGUGUAAAUAUUUUAGACCUCAUGGGCCUUGAAGUGUCUGAUGCAGCAUUAAAAUCUGCCAUUGUAGCAUGGAAGCAGUCAUAGAGCAUAUGUAAACAAAUGAGAAAGGCUAUAUCUCAAUAUUUAUUGAAACUGAAAUUUAAAUUUCACGUAAUUUUAGUGUCACAAAAUUUUAUUCUUCCUUGGUCUUUUCAAUUUAAAAUGUUUAGCUCAUGCACUGUAUAAAAACAGGUAGUAGGCUGGAUUUCCACAGGGGUUAUUUUUUGUUGAUGUCUGUUAUAAAACAAUCAGUCUAAUAGAACACUUUGCAAUGAUGUCAGGUUUAUUCGCACUUUUUUUUGCCUUAUCUAAAGAAUAUUUGCCUGCACAGGAUCCCAAAGAUUUACUCUUAUUUUUUUCUAAAGCUUUACAGUUUUAGCACUUAUAUUUAGAUCAUUGAUCCAUUCAGGUAAAUUUUACUUAUGGUGCAGAGUAAUGGUCAUGCCUCCUUUUAUUUCUUUGUGAAUAUCCAAUUGUUCAAAUCAUUUAAUAAAAAUAUAUUGGCUUUUGUAUCUUUCUUUUUUUGCUUUUAUAUCUUAAUGAAAGAAAUUCCUAUAUUGUUAAAAAAUAUACAACCAAAUAAUUUUAAAAAUAAAGUUUUAGACCUGCUAUAUGAUAAAUUUAAUGGGUGUAAUUUCACCCCAACAUGUCAUUAAAAUUUUUUUAAUCUAAAAACAUUAAAACAUGUGCAUAUAUAUGUAGUAUAUAAAUUUGUAUACAUGUCUACUUUUAUAUCCAUGUAUCUAUUUAUCUGUCAACACCUUAAUACUUCAGUCAGUAUAUUUCAAUAGGAAUAAUUUUUGUAUACAGAUUAAUAAUAGCAUUCACACUCAAGAGUUAUCAUUGAUACAAUAAUAUUAUCUAAUGUACAGCUUUUAUUUAAAUUUUAUCAACUUUCCUAGAAUAUCCUUUAUAGCUUUCUCUUUCUUUGCAAUUCAGUAUCCAGCCAAGGAACAAGCACAUAAUUUGGUUUUCUUUUCUUUUUGUCUCCUAUUAUCAGUUCCCCUUGCUAUGUUUUCUUUCAGUAUAUUUAACUUUGUGAAGAGCCAAGGCCAUGAGUCAUGUAAAAUAUUCCUCAGGCUGGUUUUGUGUGAUUUUUUUUUACAUUUUGAUUUUGGCAGGAGAACUACACAAGUGUGCUUUGUAUGUCCCACUGAAGGUCAUUGGUGAGGCGGGGGUCACAUAAUGUCACUUAUCCCAUUAUUGGUUGUGCUAUGUUUCUCACACAAUAAAGUGGUAUCUGGCAGAUCUCUCCAAGGCAGAAGUUCUGUUUUUGCAUUUAAUUAAUCAAAAUCUAUGGCAUACUAAUUUAGGAUUAUUGAAUAUCAUGCUUUCCAUUCAUUCACCCAACAGUUUUAACAUUAAUUGAUAAAACUUGCCUCAAUUGAUGAUCCUAAGCUGAACUAUUACAAAAUGAUUGUUCUAAUUUUAUCAUCGUUUCUGUGUUUCUAAGCUAGGAUUAAUCUGUAAUGGAGUCUACUUCAUAUUUUUAAAUUAAGACAAACAAGCUGCUUGGCAAUGAUAUGCACUAAUAGUUGUUACUGUACUUAUUGUUAUUACCUCAGAAGAGAUUAAUUUUAAUUAGAUCAGAUGUCUGUUUGCAAAAGCCCUAUGAACAGAUAACUCCAGGUGUUUCAAGCUCCAACAGACACUUCCACUUUAAACCAUAAUCCACAUAUGAGAGUAGUGAAAAAUGAAAAGAUAAAAUAAAGAGCUGAUGGGACAUACACUAGUGUCCACACGUGGUGAUAAACAGAAUGGAUUCAGAAGGUCUGGUACCAUAGGAUCCAUAUACUCAGUAUUUCAAAUGCUAUUGGAGUUCACUUUAGCAACAUCAAUGCCAUUAAACUUAAACUUAUCCUUGUUUAUUCCUUGUUCUGUCUGGCUCAAAAUGCCACUAUGUUUCUUUAGACUUAGGAUUCCUCUUCUAUAGAUCAUAAGAUUGCACUAAAUUAUUUACAACAUUUAUUCCAGCUCCAUGACUUUUUGAUAACUCUGUUUAUCUUUAUCUGUUCUUUCCAGGGCACAACCAUAUUAAUAUCACUGACUUCUGUGCUGCACGAUGACAGAGAAUUCCCCAAUCCAGAAGUAUUUGACCCUGGUCACUUCCUGGAUGAGAGUGGCAACUUUAAGAAGAGCGACUACUUCAUGGCUUU